AUGGUAUUAGAAACAAGUCAUGCAUCGCAUUCAUCAACAAUGACGGAAAAUGUAGCUGUUAGAAGAAAAAGAUUAUGGAUUAUUCUAGGUAUUGUUGUUGCUGUCAUAGUCAUUGCGAUAAUUGUUAUUCCGACUACUGUGGUUCUUACGAAACGAACAAAAACAACAACAACAAUAACUACAAAACCAACAUCGAAAAUAGAAACGACUAAUGAAAUUUUGUUAACAACUGAAAAUACCAAAAUAAUAACAACAACAACAACAACAUCUGCAUCAACAACUGGUGAAAUUUCUUCAACAAAAAUAGAUACGAAAACAACAACAACAACAACAACAACAACUACAACAACGCAUAUAUCAACAACCGAUGAAACUUCUUCAACAAAAACAGGUAUGUUAUCAGUUUUAAAACAUAAUCCAAUCAAUAAGAAUCUUUUUGAUUUUAUAAACUCAUCAGAUAUAAUAAAAACACCUGUGACGACAAUACCAACGACAGAUGAAUCAGCAACAAAUGAAAAUAUUACGACAACAAUGGCCACCAUGAACAUGAAAACAACGGAAAUAUUAGUAACUACAAGUGAAGUUGAGAUAACAGAAACAGUUUGUAAUCCAAUAUAA